UGUAGUCUCUCCCUCUUCUUCCCAGUUCUUCCUCUGCAACAAAAAAAAAAAAAAUGUCGAAUUUUUACUCUCAGCUCCGACUAUCUUCGUCAAUCGGCAAACGCCUAAAGCAUCGAAUGGCAAUGACGACUAUGAUGAUCGACAGAAGAUCCUUCACCACAACUGAGGGCUCUCGCCCUACUAUCGUCCACAAACGUAGCCUCGAUAUCCUUCACGAUCCAUGGUUCAAUAAGGGAACAGGUUUCUCCAUGACAGAGCGAGACCGUCUUGAUCUUCGUGGCCUUCUCCCUCCAAAUGUUAUGACUGCACAACAACAAAUUGAUCGGUUCAUGGUAGACUUGAAAAGGCUUGAAGUUCAAGCAAGAGAUGGACCAUCAGAUCCAUAUGCUUUGGCCAAGUGGCGGAUACUCAACAGGUUGCAUGACAGAAAUGAGACAAUGUACUAUAAGGUUUUAAUAGACAACAUUGAAGAAUAUGCACCUAUAGUGUAUACACCAACCGUUGGUCUUGUUUGCCAGAAAUACAGUGGCUUAUUUAGAAGGCCGAGAGGGAUGUAUUUCAGUGCAGCAGACCGUGGAGAAAUGAUGUCAAUGGUUUAUAAUUGGCCAGCUGAUCAGGUUGAUAUGAUUGUGGUAACAGAUGGAAGCAGAAUAUUGGGUCUAGGAGAUCUUGGUGUUCAGGGUAUUGGAAUUUCGAUUGGGAAGCUGGAUUUAUAUGUUGCUGCUGCUGGGAUUAAUCCCCAGAGGGUGCUUCCUGUGAUGAUUGAUGUUGGAACUAACAAUGAGAAGCUCCUCAAAGACCCCCUCUACCUGGGAUUGCAAGAACACCGCCUUGAAGGCGAGGAGUACCUUUCAGUUAUUGAUGAAUUUAUGGAAGCUGUUUUUACUCGUUGGCCCCAUGUGAUUGUACAGUUUGAAGACUUUCAGAGUAAAUGGGCCUUCAGGUUAUUGCAGCGUUAUAGAAAUACAUACCGUAUGUUUAAUGAUGAUGUUCAGGGUACAGCGGGGGUUGCUGUAGCAGGUCUUUUAGGAGCUGUAAGAGCACAAGGAAGGCCAAUGAUAGACUUCCCGAAGCAAAAGAUAGUUGUUGCUGGUGCUGGAAGUGCAGGAUUAGGAGUUGUAAAUGCUGCAAGAAAGACCAUGAAAAGGAUGCUAGGUAAUAAUGAGUCUGCUUUUGAGAGUGCACGGAGUCAAUUCUGGGUGGUUGAUGCCAAUGGGCUGAUAACAGAGGAGCGUGAGAAUAUCGAUCCAGGAGCACUGCCAUUUGCAAGAAAGAUAAACGAGGUAGAGCGUCAAGGACUAAGGGAAGGGGCAAGCCUUGUUGAAGUGGUUAAAGAAGUAAAGCCUGAUGUACUGCUUGGCUUAUCUGCAGUUGGGGGCUUGUUCUCCAAAGAGGUUUUAGAAGCCUUGAAAGGUUCAACUUCAACUAGACCAGCUAUUUUUGCAAUGUCAAAUCCUACCCAGAAUGCUGAAUGCACCCCUGAAGAAGCAUUUUCCAUUGUGGGUGACAAUGUCGUAUUUGCAAGUGGAAGUCCAUUCAAAGAUGUGGAUUUGGGAAAUGGUCGAAUUGGCCACAGCAACCAGGGAAACAACAUGUACCUCUUUCCAGGGAUUGGGCUAGGUACUCUUCUAUCUGGCUCGCGUAUCAUCUCUGAUGGCAUGCUACAGGCUGCAGCUGAAUGCUUGGCUGCAUAUAUGAAAGAAGAAGAUGUUCAGAAUGGGAUCAUAUAUCCUUCAAUAUCCAGCAUACGGGAUAUAACGACAGAAAUAGCUGCAGCUGUGUUGAAAGAAGCUAUAAGUGAGGAUCUGGCAGAGGGAUACCGUGAUAUGGAUGGCCGAGAGCUCCAAAAACUAAAUGAGGAGGAAAUUCUAACCUAUAUAAAGAACAACAUGUGGAAUCCAGUCUACCCAACAUUGGUAUACAAAAGGGAUUGAACUUCCCUGUACCCAUCCAUCAGCAAUCCACUUGGGUAUAUUCAACAAGGAUGUUCUAUACAAAUCAGGGAGUCGGGUUUUGGUCCCUCUGUCAAAUGAAAUGGAUUUCUAGCGAGUACAAUUAGCAAAUUUCUUUGU